CAGUACAAUUAACAGUGAUUAAAUGUAUUUAUUACAAUAUAUGAAUGCCCAAAUAAAUUUCUGUGCUGGCAUAUAAAUUUACGUUGUUUACGUUGUCACUGUCAAAUAAACCAAAUUUAAUUGAUUUCAAUUAAACAGUCUGUUACUGUCGGGAUUUGACAGUUUUUCACCACAUAUUUUUUUACAGUGUACAACCAAAAGACAAAAAUGCAAAAUAAAAAUAUAAAAUAAAAAAUUAGUUAUCACAAACACAUUUAGUCAUCUUGUCACAUGUACAUGUAAUUAGAUAUAAAAUGUAGUUCUAUACAAUUGGCCAUCAUUUCCUUUUAGAGGAAGUACAGCAGUAGAAAUCUACAUGGCACUUUGAGUUUUCAUAUUUAAAUUCAUCAGCUCAAAAACAGGACAUCUAUAAUGAAUUGUAAAUGCUCAAGCAGAGUUAUUUUACUGUCUCUAAAUCUAAAACCACAAAACAGAUAUUUUCUCUUUUAAUUCCAUCCCUCGGUCGUUGACACCGUAAGUUCACAUAUAUGCAGAGAGGCUGUCACACUUUCCACACCGAGUUGUGUUAUCACAACAUUCACAACAGUCCAUCACACACCGUAGUAGAGUCCCGUGUCUCUUUAAAUGCGGGUUGCGUAGAUCCUCCAUGAAUGAAACCAUGUGACCCAAACAUCAUUUGACGUCUGGCGCCUUGGACCAGAGACUAAAACAAGCGGGGUAGGAAGGAGUGGAUACAUAUAUGUAGACCUGCGGAGGAAAAACACACACACGCGCAUUUCUCCAUCCGUCUCUCCUCACCCGGGUCGACCAACCAUCCGGUGAACCCACAACCUCCGAGGGCGAAAGUCGCUUGGUUUGACUUCUGAUUUGUUCAGAAGAGCAAGGCACUUGUGGCAUGACGACGACUAACAAAGGAAAUAAAGCCUUGAAGGUGAAGCGUGAGCCAGGGGAGAAUGGCACCAGCCUCACAGACGACGAGCUGGUGACCAUGUCCGUGCGGGAGCUGAACCAGCACCUCAGAGGGCUCACCAAAGAAGAGAUUGUGCAGCUGAAGCAGCGGCGGCGCACCCUGAAGAACCGGGGCUACGCCGCCAGCUGCCGGGUGAAGCGGGUCACCCAGAAGGAGGAGCUGGAGAAGCAGAAGACCCACCUGCAGCAGGAGGUGGACAAACUGGCCAAUGAGAAUGCUUCGAUGAGAAUCGAGCUUGACGCUUUGAGGUCUAAGUACGAGGCGCUACAGACCUUUGCCAGGACUGUCGCACGGAGCCCGUCCGUCGGGGUCGGGGUGAGGGCGGGAGGCGGAGGAGGGGGAGGGAUGGCGUCAUCAGUCAUUGGUCCACUCAUACCGGGGAAGAUGGCAACAGCCACAAGUGUAAUUACAAUAGUGAAGUCAAAAACGGAUGCACGGUCUUGAGGAAGGGAGGUGGAUGAGAGCGUGUCCCGCGGCAGGUCAGGCGCGACGGCUUAAUCCUUCCUCUCUGCCGGCCACCUUUCCUCCACCCGCACUGACGUCAAACAGCGAGGCCGUCUCCACCACAAGGCCUCAGCGUGUUCCUAUCACCACCUGUCUCAGAUCAGUAAAAGUGGAGUAAAGGAUGGAAGCAGAGGAAGAUUAUUGCGACGAUAAAGAUGGAGGUCCUUGGUCAAGGCAUAAUCGUUUUUAGCACAGGGCCGAUACACAGCAUUCCUACGGUCACUGAAAGGUUGGAAAAGUCAAAGACGUUGAGAUUAGUUUAAUCCAGGCCAUGGGGGGUAAUCCCAAAAAUGUCAAUGCCUGAGACACUCAAUCAUGUAAUUUUGUUCAGUUGCUAUUUAUGUGAGUCAGGAGUUGAGUGUCGAGUUUUACUGUUGGUAGAUCCAGAUAUCUGUAAAUUCAUAAUAAUCCCGUCCCACAUAUAUGCCCACUAGAUUUGAAAGUGCUUGUUUACCCUCAAACGAAGAUGUAGAACUUUGAAAUUUGUUUGUCCUACAAAAAUAAUUUGAAUACGUGCAUUGCAUAUAUAUAUUAUAUAUAUACUGGUAUUAAUGUGUUAGUCAUAGAAUUGAUUGGAUUAAAUUGACACAGGUGUUGGGUCCCUGAGCUCCAAAAGAAUUCACUAGCUUUCAUGUGUUAGCCUGCUGAUUUCAGUGGCUGAAGAGAAGUCCUGUUAUGCUCAACCCAAGCCAAAAACUUUUUCACAAAAGAACCAUAGAAAUUUAUAUAUUACACAACGGUGGUAACUGUAUUUUUUACUGUUUUGUACUGUGUUGUCAUUCACAUGAGGUCCAAAGUGUAUUCUCUGUGUGUCAACUGUUAUAUAUCAGGAAUUCUGUGAAAUUCUGUGGCUCGUUUUGGUAUUGCUAUAUUUAGUUAGCUGUAUUUUUUUUCUACGGUCUGUUCAUGUCCAACUCUCUUCCUCUCGCCUGUUCCAGCUCUGUCAUUCAAUUUUGUUUUGAUUUCUACUUCUUCCCUUCAUUACAUACAGUACUUCCUGGCAGAAAAACACAGAAAGAGGGGGGGCAAGGUUGAUAUUUUGACAAAAACAAAAAAACAUAAAGUUGCGCAAAGUCACUGUCCUUAUCUAAGUUUGUAGGGUUUUUCAGGGAAAUGGAUAUUUCAAAAUUUGAGCUUCUCUCAAAGGUAUAUUCAAGAUAAUUGGAAGGGCAAGUGCCUUGGUCUGCUAAUGAUAUGCAUCAAGAAGAAGGGAAGAGGACAUGGAUUUUGGAAGGACAGUAGAGAUUCAGCGCAGGUAUUUGCCUAUACCUGUGCUUAAUGUGAAACAUUGACCAAUCAGGAAUCAGCUUGUGACAGCAUUUAACUGUGUGUUGUUGUAUGAGCUGUGUAGUAGCAGGAUUCAUACUAUUAAAUACACUCGUUUGUGCGACUUGGCAGUAUAUUUACCUAAAGAAAGAAAAAAAGAUUUGUCGUCAUAACAGCUCCAUUUUCUUGCACAUGACAUCCUUUUGUUGUUUGUUCUAUUUUGCGUAAAGUACAUAAACAGUUUUUUAUGUAAAAUACUUGGUGUGCAUGUUUAUGAGUUGAUUGUCAACCGACUGAGACAUUGGGGUGGUUACAUCAACAGCAACAUUCUGCCCUCAAAUCAAAGUGGUUUAUGUUGCACUUGUUGUUGCAUUUAACCACAAAAGUCACUUUGCACGUCCGGGUGGGAUUUUGGACGUUGCAGUCGGACCAGCAAAGAUAUCGCUCUGAAUUUCACACAGAUGGGACGUCAUCUCACCAGAGUUUUACCAUAGUCUUACGUGGUGUUCUAUACUCCAAGGAUCUGUGUCGAUGUCUGGUAGAGUCUGGAAUUUUAUAAAGACAAUUAUCUUCGCAUUGUUUGUAACGACCUAUAAAAAAAAAAAAGGAAUAACAAAAUCUGUUUGAUAUACAGUGUGUCUCUAUUUUGCAAUUGUACCAAAAGUGGCUUAACUACUGAAUAGCUUUGUUUUAACUCUAGUGACUAGGCACGUGUGUGUUACCGUGAACUAGCGUGUGCUGUGCUGUGUAGGUAUGUGACGAGGUAACGUUCACUGUUUCAUGGAUGUGACUUUGAUCCUUGAUGGAUAUCAGGCCGAAGCGGGUGAUGUCACUCUGGGUAACUGCGCUCUUUCUCUAAUCAUAUGACCCUCGUCCUCGCGGCCUCAUCAUUCAGCACUGAACAUCUGUUAGAUCGGCUCUUUUACCGCUCGUUAUCCGCACUCACAAUUUGUACAUUUUAAGUUCACUUCGGCAGAGCCAUUUAUUACUUUGGUUCUACCCCGUGGUUUCAUUUUGGCCGUUUGCAGUGUUGAAAGCUCGUUAUGGGGCGGUGCGAUGACUGAUGGGAGGAAGAAGUGUGUGAACCUCACAAGCUUCAUGCUGUGGUGUGUUCCAAGGCAUCAGCGAUGGGAGCCUUAACAAAGGGCCCCAAUGGCUGCAUCGCCCCUGCUCCUUCAAAUAAGUUAUUUUUGUAGUGUGUGAAAAAAUAAUGUUUUUGAUGUGCAUAUUUUAUAUAGUUCUGUAUAUAUAAUAUUCCUGUUUGUUUUUUUAAUUGUUCUGUAAGUGUGUAAAACUAAUUUGUUAAUGUAUUUGAUGUUUUAUGAAGUGAAAAAAAUGUAUUAAGCUAUUUAAUGGUUUGUUUGUCAAAGAGUUGUGUUUACUCCACAAAGUAUAAUUGCCUAAAAUUCUUUUUUUUAGCUAAUGAAUGAAGAACUGUUCAUUUUACCAAAAUAUAAUCAACAGUAGCCUGUGGACAUGCAGCCUUUCACCUGAACCACUUCUCCACUGUGAAGUAAAAAGGGUUAACUAGCCUACUGCUGUGCAGUUAUUACGAGUAGCGAGGUUUUGUCUCUAUCUGCACCCUACAUGCAUAUAAUAUCAAACAGGUGACAAAGGCUUUGCAAAAAUAGGAUUUCUCCAUAAUCUUAACACUGGUUUGCAGGUUCAGUUGACCGCGAAAUGGUUUCACGUCUAUCAUGUCACGGCACAGGAAUAUACUCCAGGGUGCUACAAGCAAAUAUAGAUAUGGCACACAGUAUAUUUAUAUGUGCUUUCUGUUUUCUUUUUAAUUUGUCAUGUUUCCACGGUCAGAAUGCUAUUAUUUGAUUAUCUAGAUUUUUAGUUGUUGUUGCUUCCUGUCUGUAUCUCCAUUUGCUUGUUGAAAGAUGUUUUUUUUCGCUGGCAGGUAUAGUGAGGUGUCUGUGGUCAUGGUGUGAAAUAGGAAUAGGUCUCUCGGUUACGUAUGUAACCUUCGUUCCCUGAAGGGAACGAGGCGCUGCGUAAAGACGCUGCGUAAAGACGCUGUGGGAACGCCCCUGCGUGACCGCGUCAUGAAGCACGUGUGAAACCUAACCAAUGGCGAGCUGGUACGUCAUAGCGGGGAUGCCAGACCAGGGCGCUAUAAAGGGACCCGAAGGGCAGGACCAUUCAUCUCUGAAAGGCUGAAUCGAGGGCCACGGGCAGGCCGGGAGUAUGGCAGAACGUUUAUGCAGCGUCUCGUUCCCUUCAGGGAACGAAGGUUACAUACGUAACCGAGAGACGUUCCCUAUCGAGCUGCGUAAAGACGCUGUGGGAACACUUAUACCCACUCACCAUACGAGCAAGUGACCGUGGUGUGAAGUUCAAGACGCACACUCAGACGAGAGCACCUGUGCUCCAGGUGUAGCGUUAAGGUCCAGGUGGUAGAACCUCACGAACGUGUGGGGAGAGGACCAGCCUGCCGCCAUGCAAACGUCAUGAAGUUACACUCUUCCCCACCUAAGGGCUUUGGAAGCCGCCAUACCCCUAGUAGAAUUGGCCCGGACAGCCAAAGGUGCGGGCUGGCCGGCCGAUUUGUAAGCAAGUGUGAUGGCCUCCACCACCCACUUGCUCAUCCUCUGCUUAGUGACUGGGCCACCAGUAUUGGGGGGCCCGAAGCAUACGAACAGCUGUUCGGAGAGCCUACACAGUCUAGGGCUCUAACUGGGCAGAGGAGGUUAAGCUUCGUCUGGUCCGACGUCAGAAACGGGGGAGGACAGAAAGCCUGCAGCUCAAUAGGUCCGACCGAAGCGGACGGGACCUUGGGAAUAUAGCCGGGGGAGGGAAGUAGGAACGCCUUCACCAUACCGGGUGCAAAUUCCAAGCACGAUGGGGCCACCGAGAGGGCUUGCAUAUCUCCAACUCUUUUGAGGGAAGAAUUAGCGAGCAGGAAGAGGGUCUUAAGCGCCACAUACUUCACACUGCGACCUCUGCCAUGGGCUCAAAGGGAGCACCGGAGAGACCCUCGAGUACGAUGGCCAAGUCCCAGGACAGAACUCUAGUGCUAGCUGCUGGCCUCAGCCUCAGAGUGCCACGAAGGAAGCGGGAUACUAGCGGGUGUCUCCCUAGAGAGCGCCCGUCUAGUAGGGCAUGGGAUGCCGGCAGGGCCGCCACAUACACUUUGAUGGUGGACGGGGAUAAACUUGUGGCAAAGCACUCCUGCAGGAACUCCAGUACUGAACCCACCGGGCAGUUAAUUGGGUCCAGCUGACGUUGCCAGCACCAAGUGGCAAAGAGCUUCCAUCUACCGGCAUACAUCUUCCUCGUGGCGGGGGCUCUAGAGUGAAGGAUGGUCUCCACGACCUGGGUCGAGAGACCGGCUCCUAGGAGGCGGGUCCCCUCAAGGGCUACGCCGGCAGUCUCCAUGGCUCUAGGCGAGGGUACAAGAGGGCCCUCCACGCCUGAGACCGCAGGUCCACCCUGAUGGGAGUCUCCCACAGAGGACCUGCGAGGAGCGACGAAAGGUCUGUGAACCAUACUAGAACCCCUGGGGGCAGCGCAACCAGGGAACAACACAGAGGACGAACCGGCGUCCCUCUGGAGGUAAACAGGUCCAACUCGGCAGUGCCGAGGUGUUACCAAAGGAGUU